AGGUUGAAAUUCAGAGCAAAUAACCCGGCCCGAAAGCCCGAAAUGUCGGGCCCUGAAGGAGUGGAGAUUGUUGGGAAACAGAGUAACGAUGAGUGGGUAGUUAAUAACGGUGAAAACCGUAAAGUUAACGGAAAAAUAACUUCCGUUUUGGAGGAGCUCAUGUUCAAGAAUAGUACCAAUAAAGGGCAGAUAAAUCCAACGGCUUUGAUUUCAUCAUUUCAGUCACUUUCUGCUCAACUUUGGCGGUCGGUAACACGUGCGAGGCAAUUAGACGGGAACAAGGUAACGACGUUUAGAAUGGCAGUCAACUGUCGACAUAGGCUAGAGCCGCGUCUCGAACCGCUCUAUUUUGGAAACGCCAUUCAAAGUAUUCCAACCAUUGCUAAAGUUGGGGAGCUUUUAUCGAAAGACUUGAAUUGGAGCGCAAAUCAGCUGCACAUGAACGUCGUGGCACACCAAGAUGUUACCGUGCGUCAAGGUGUCAAGGAUUGGGAGAGCAAUCCGAGGUUGUUCCCACUAGGGAAUUUUGACGGUGCGAUGAUCACUAUGGGAAGUUCUCCAAGAUUUCCAAUGUAUGAUAAUAAUUUUGGAUGGGGUCGACCAUUGGCUGUUAGAAGCGGCAAGGCCAAUAAAUUCGACGGUAAGAUCUCGGCCUUUCCUGGGCGAGAAGGAAAUGGAAGUGUUGAUCUUGAAGUGGUUUUAGCUCCGGAGACGAUGGCUAGUUUAGAGAUUGAUAUGGAGUUCAUGCAAUAUGUUUCGUGAAUGAAUGGAUUACUGUAUUAAAAUAUGUUUACUUACACUCGAAUUAAUCAUUGUGUUUGUCAUUCUAUUGACAAAUAUUAAUUUAAAAUUUUAUUGGAUCUUGUGACGUAAA